AUGAACGGGCCUCUUCUCCUCUCGCUCCUCUUCCCUCUGCUAGCCCUGGCGCAGGAUUCGUCUUCGGGCAGCAGCCUCCCGCCUCCAGGAUACAAUGGAGGCAGCGACAACCCGCAAGACCCUAGCGAUGCUGGCGCUGCAGGCUCGCAAAAGGGUGCUUUCUCUUUGUCAGGUGGUGCCAUUGCUGCUAUUAUCGUAGUAGCCGUCGUUGUCGUUCUAGGCUCAAUCGCAUCUGGGGUUCUCUGGUGGCUCGCAAAGAAGCGUCAGUGGGACGUUCGAGCAUCCAUUCGCCGCGCUUCUCGUCGCUUUACCGGCCGCUCAACUGUCGACAACAAGCAAAACCGCUCGGAUCGACGCACUGGUAUUCGCCUCAACUCUCCGCCCCCGGGCAAGAACACCAACAAGAUGCGCGACAUCGAAAAGGGUCUCCAUAUCCCACACAAGACUCCUCAAACCACUACCAUCAUCACAAGU